CCGUGUGCCUGGUUUGUGGGGACGCACCGGCUGUAAUGAAGAAGGCAAACCAUGAGCGUCAUUACAGCACGUCUUUACAACCGGAAGAGCUGAAAGGACGAGUGCGUUUGGCCCGAGAAAGAUCCCGGGAACAGCCCACUCGUGUCGUCGAUCAAAAAAAUCAUCCAGAAUAACUACUGAAGACAGAGUGCCUUCUAAUUCCCCCCAUCAGCCUCCCUGACAGUGCAGCUGUAUCAUUACAGGUGCAGCUCCGAUAUGACUAAAAGAAGUCCAUCUUAUCAGCUGGUCAAAAGGAUGCUGAACCAUCACUGCAGAAGGAACCCUGAGCUUCACGAGGAGCUGCAGAUCCAGGCUGCAGUGGCAGCUGGGGAUGUCUGCACUGUCAGGAGAAUGCUGGAGCAAGGAUACUCGCCCAAGAUCCGUGAUGCAAAUGGCUGGACACUGCUCCACUUCUCCGCUGCCAAAGGAAAAGAGAGAUGUGUUCGAGUCUUUCUGGAACAUGGAGCUGACCCCACAGUGAAGGACUUUAUAGGAGGCUUCACAGCACUUCACUAUGCUGCUAUGCAUGGCAGAGCACGCAUCGCCAGACUGAUGCUAGAAUCGGAGUUUCGAAGUGACAUUAUAAAUGCAAAAAGUAACGACGGCUGGACGCCGCUGCACGUGGCCGCCCACUACGGCCGAGACUCGUUUGUACGCCUCCUCCUCGAGUUCAGGGCCGAGGUGGACCCACUGAGCGACAAAGGUACCACGCCGCUACAGCUGGCCAUCAUCCGCGAGCGCUCCAGCUGCGUACGGAUCCUACUGGACCACAGUGCCAACAUUGACAUUCAGAAUGGCUUCCUGCUGCGGUACGCAGUCAUUAAAGGCAAUCACUCGUACUGCCGCAUGUUCCUACAGAGGGGAGCAGACACGAACCUCGGGCGUCUUGAAGACGGCCAGACCCCUCUGCACCUGUCAGCCCUCAGGGAUGACGUAUUGUGCGCCCAGAUGCUCUACACGUAUGGAGCUAAUACCAACACCAGGAACUACGAAGGGCAGACACCGGUGGCUGUAUCCGUUAGCAUGUCUGGAAUCAGCCGGCCCUGUCUGGACUUCUUGCAGGAGGUCACCAGACAACCUCGGACUCUGCAGGACUUGUGUCGAAUAAAAAUCCGUCACUGCAUCGGCCUUCAGAGCUUGAAAUUCUUGGAAGAUCUACCAAUCGCAAAGGUGAUGAAAGACUAUUUAAAACAUAAAUUUGACAAUGUGUGAAGGCACCAACAAUUAAGGGGAGAGGGGAGGUGAGUGAGGGGAGGUGACAUCUCUGCUAUCAUUCAUGAAGACUAUGCAAUCACCAUGUCCACAGGUCUGUUUUUUCAUGCUGAGGGAUGGUUAAUCCAGUUUGUCCAGUUCAACACAUUAAAAAUAAAUAUUCCGCUUCACGUCUCCAUUUUGACCUUUUUCCAGUCCGAACGGUUGCUGGAGGAUGGAAAUGGAGCCACCUCGUGUGAGCACCGGUAAUUGUUUUAGUGGGGAAAAGAAACCUAUGACUGCACUUAGUCUUCUGUUUAUGUUGUUACUGUGCAUGACGUUAUCGUUGCUGGCUCAGAUUGUCAUCAAAUGUUUACGGCGCUCAUGUUGUGCCCAUCAACGGCUGUUUCCCACAGUGAGAUAAGCAAUUGAUGAAUCAGAGCUUUGUGAGUGAAAUAAGCAUAAUGUACAACAUUUUCCUACAUAGCUAACUAGUAAUGUAGGCAGAGAAAAGCAGUGUUACAAUUUUGCUUUGAACAGAAAGCAGGAAGAAGAAGAAUGGAGCGCUCCAGAUGAUCUGUUUGAUUUAUAUCAAUUGCAGCACAGUCUGAGUCAAGACUUCAGUAGCCACAUCAUGUGAAACACAUCUCCAAUAGUAUUUAAACAUGAUCACUACAGUCUGUAACAAACAGCAAGCCACAAUUGUGACCUGCCAGAAUGUCAGAAUCCACAGCAGAUCUGGUGUAAAAUGUAGCUCUAGAAUCAGUCUACAAAAUGUCCUUCCAGCUCACUACUGGAACCAAAUCCCAUCAAAUGUAUUAAGUAAAUUGAGCGAAUUGUUUUUUUUAAGGGUGUGAGGUUGAUACUGGGGGCAGUAACAAAUCCAGACAGGAUUGGAUUUAAUCUGACAUUGCACAGGCCCAAGAAAGAAUAUAACAUGUAGUCGAAAUGAUUCCUAAACUCAAAUUCGAUGCUUAGAAGUAAUCAAUACUAAGUGUUGAGCAGCCGAAGUGUUCAGCUAUGAUCAGUGGUAAAUCAAGUUGCUUUUUCCAUUUCUUAACCAUAAAGAACGUUUAAGUUUGGAGUGCACUGUGAUACGCGUCUGUUCCACAUUUACUCACAGAAAGUGUGGUUUGAAUAGGAUUAACAUAGUCUGUUCUGGAUAACACUGACACACAAUCACCUAAAGCUCCAGUCAAUGUAAAUAUGUAUAACAGAUAUUUUUGUAGAAUUUAUUUAAGCAAUGAUCUCUGUUAUUCUUAAUGUAUUUAAGUUUGGAUAUAUUGUUUGGUGUGAUUCAAAUAUUUCUUUUUUCUGUGUGUGGAUUCAAAAACUCUGUUGUACAGGAACAAUUUGGAAUCAAGUGCUCUCUUUUUUAUUUCCAUGGCAGGAAUGUUGGUUGCUUUUUAAAACUCCCUCAUCUGCAUUUUGCAGGUAACUCUGUAGUGGAGAUUAUACUGUGAAUUUUUCAUUUUGACAAUUAAUAAAUAAAAAUAUGUAGGGGUCCAAAUAAAAACCCAAAAGAUA